AUGAUAUUUAGACUUUUGAAUGUUACUAAGCACGGUUCUUGUUAAAACUUGUGAUUUUCAUAGUCUUGAUAAAUAUCAUUUCAUAAAAAUCAUCAAGAUAAUUCAUUUAUAAAAAGUGAAUGGAUUCAAAAGUCCGUGAACAUUUUUAAAAGUAAAUGGAGUAAAAAAAAUCACCACAAUCCAUAUACCAAGCAUGAUGAAAAAAUUGAAACACAAUCAAAGAUUUCCUAAAUCCAAACUCUUUUAAAUUAACUUUAACCAUACUAAAUAGAUAGAACUAUAGGGGUUUUUACUUGAAUAUUAUCAAAUUAAAGCCAAUUUCCAAAAAUGUGAUCAUUUUAAAAAAUGUGAUCAAGAAAGGUCACAUAUUUGAAAAAAUUUGAUGUCACUACCAUUUUUAUGUCACUAUCGUUUGUUAUGUCACUGCGAUUUUAUGUCACUGUUAUUUUAUAUCACUAUUACAUGUCGCUACCAGCUUUUUUGUCACUUUUGAAUGUUACUUUAGCUGUAAAACAUGUCACUAUCACCGUAAAAAAAAUCCACCAACUUUUUCCGGCGAAACUGUACACCAUCAGCCACCACCAUCAUUGACUCGUUGCCGCCGCUCUAUACUUCUAUAGUGAUCACCCGUCCCGACACCUUGCCCUUGAAACUCUCCGGGAGCCACCACCACCCAAAACCGUCGAAAAACAUCGGCCACCGCCGGCAAUGACUAGCCGCCACCAUCUAAUGACCAACGGCAUCUCACCGGCGGCCAGGGGCUUCAUCUCCAGCUUCCCCUAACCCCAAACUCCCCUACCAUUGCCAGCCCCUGAGGCCACCGACCACCACCGCCCAUACCUAGCCAUUUCCCCAGCCCCCUCUACACCCCAAACCUUGCCCCGCCGAUAUGGAUUCUCUGUUGUGCCACCGCCCCAUCAUAGAACUGAAGUGUUAGACGAUGAUGAAGCUCUGAUAGUCAAACAUAAUAAGAAGAAACAUAAGCAGGGGCACGCCGACGGCAACUACGGUGUACUAGACGAUGGCAACCGUGGCAUACAAGGACGACAAUCUGGGUGCAGUGACAUGGAAUCGACAACCUGGAAGCAACGAUGUAGUAUCGGAGCCACGAUAUGGUGGUGCAACCUGUCACCUCCGUUGCAUCUUUGUCCUUUAAUUUGUUGUUGGAGGCUGAAUUGGAUCUGGGAGAUGAAGAGCUUGGGAGAUGGAGACGUCCAAUUUUGCUAGGUGUACACAAAAAGUGUACACCUUUGGCACUCCAUAUAAAACCCUCCUAAUUUUUUUACCUCACUUCCUUCCCAAUUCAAAUCUUUACCCUAUCUUUCUUUUCCCUUCCAUCCAUCCAAAUCUCUUGCUCCAUACUCCCGCACCCAUCCCUAGACUUCGAACAAAGCAUCAGAAAAUUGAAGAAGACCAAUAUUGUGCACCCCUAGCCUGGACGAGAGUGGACGACCAUGGACGAGAGGGGACGAACCGCCUGGCCUUGACAUCGGACGAAGACCGCGCACCCCUGGACCUGCUACUGUGGACUGCCGGAACCAUCCCCUGGACUACCGGAACCAUCUCCUGGAUUGCCGGAACUGCGCAGUCGAAGGUCUGUUUGAAGGCGUUGGUACCGUGGACUGCCUGAAACGCAUAGAACUCCAAGUGGACGAAGACUGCUCCAUUCAAAUUAGUUGAAGCUAUGGUGCGAAGCAGUUUUGACAAAUCUUGCUGAAAGGGCAUUGAAAUUAAAAAAUCCUGUCUGCGACCACUUCCCUACACAAUACUCUCUAUGCUCUGAAUUGAAAGACGUUGCAACGUUGGUGAAGUCAGCUUUGUCUGUUAAGUAGAUUGAUGAGUUUAGGAAGAUGUCGUGGGUCCAUUUUCUUGAUGUGCAAGACCUUCAGUUUUUUGCUCAAAUUGUGCAUAGCUUGUUGUUAAGGCUGGUGUGUGAGCAGCCCGAAGACGAACUGUGGUUUUGCAUUAACGAGCAAUUGCUGAAGUUUACCUAUGUCGAUUUUGAACACAUCACUGGGAUCCGUUCUAGGGGUCCAACUCCAGCCUUCUCGGAUGAUGAUGAAGGCAAUGGGAUGUUGCUAGAUGACUACUUUGGUGGUGCCACAGAGAUCAGUUUCAGAACGUUGACGAAAAAGAUGAGGUCAAUUAAGCCGAAAAAGAGAGGCGGGCGCGAACGCACGGUGAUGCUUUGAAGCUUGCUUGUGUUUUUUAUGUGAUGUGUGUUUUACUACCAAGGAACAAGAAAACAAACAUCAAUUCACACUAUCUGAAACUGGCUGAUGAAUGGGACAAAUUUCAAACUUACCCUUGGGCAAAAGAGUCCUACACCUUGAUGGUUUCUCAUAUCAAGACUCUUAUAGUUGGGCAAGCCGAGAAGUUCAAGCAGAGUAAGGCCGCCAAUCCCGAAUACAAAAACGCAAAGUUCACAUUGCACGGGCUUCCUCACGUCCUACAGGUUUGGGCUUACGAGACUUUGCCUGAGCUAGGACAGAGAUGUGUUGAACGUGUUGCUAAUCAUCAAGUCCCUUUUCUCAACUGGAAGGCCACGGGGUUCUUUCAUUUGCAUAAGCUAAAUGAACUGAUUUUCAGGGAUCGUGACCAUGUAAUGUAUUUCUGUGUUUUUAAAAUAUUAAAUUGGGUAUCAUUGUGUAAAUUACUAUAGAUUGUACGUGCAAGAGGAAGAAGAAGUAGCGGUUCAGGACAAUGACGGCUUGAAGGCUAAGAUGAUGAAGGACAUGGAAACGUUACGGGCGCAAGUGGUGGCUCUGCAGGAGAGAUUGAAAGUAAUGGAAGAGAGGAUGAAUGUCGGGAGUGUGCUGACGUGGAUGUUGAUGUCCAUAACAAGUCCCCCGAAGUUGAGGAGAAGCAUUAUGAAGAUGAAGAUGUACGCCAAGAGGGCCAUGAAACUGAAGUUGAAGAUAACAAGCAUGAGGAAGUUCCUAUUGUUGAUGAGGAGGGCCAUGAAGCUGAUGUUGAAGGUGAAAAGCAUGAAGAAGUGAAUAAUGAAAAGGCAUCUAUUAUUAAUGACUUUGUAUGCUCUGAUGAGAGUCAUGAAGCUGAAGUUGUACUUGAUGACCAUGAGGAAGUUGCACACGUUGUUGACGAGGGUCAUGAAUCUAGCGUUGAACCUGUUCACAUUCACGACGGAGCUUCUGAUGUUGGUCAGCAGGGCCAAACUGGUGAGAAGGCAACAUGUAUCAUCUCAAACAUCGUGCAUGAAGUGGAUAAUGCAAAUACACCCGAUAUUGAUGACUCUGUACCUUCAGAUACCGCCAAUUGGGAUGAGGUGGUGGAGUCGUGGCAAACCACCGCUUAAGGGGAGUUGGAAACCGAGGGUGAUGAUGUGGGAAUGAAAAGGAAACGAUUCGCCUCUAAGUUCAAACUUAACCCUUUCAUCGACCCUAACCCAAAGCGGUUGAAAGCCAUCACCAAAGCCAACGAUAACAUCAGCCCAAUAGACGAGUGGACUGAUUUGAAGAAUUGGGUUGAAGAUGAUGAGAGUGUUCCCCAAGCCAGUGUGAUGUUACAUGUCCAUGAAGCCAUUAAAGUGAGUAGGACUUUUUUCCAUGUCCUACUAUCUCCGGAUCAUUGGUUGUCGAGCACGCACCUCCAUGCAAUAACGCAGUUGCUCAAUAAAGACAUCGAUGCGCAUUCCAUGACUUUGAUCAGCCCCUACGUUGCGCAUAAAAUCCUUAAGAAAGACAUUGCCAACGACACACAUUGGGGUGGAGAUAAAUUCCUGAAAAAGCAAGAGUGGACAUCUUUUGAAAGGGUUUUGAUUCCUUUAAAUGCUGAGAAUAAGCAUUGGGUGUUGGCGGAAGUUCUGUUUCGAUGUAGAUUGGUUAGAGUUUACGACUCUAUGAAGACUUCUAGGACUCCAUAUUAUGCCAAUGAGUUGUGUGUGCGGCUGCCUUACCUAGUUCGUGCAAUGGGAUUGUGUCCGGAUGACUGAUUUGCAACCAUGGAAAGCUGAAGCAGUGGAUGUUGUGCCUCAACAAAAUGCAGGAUCAGGUGAAUGUGGGGUUGAUAGAGUAUAUAGACUCGGACCCCCGGGUCUCACGACUAUUGGGCCCGGACAGCGGCCCACACACAUCUUACGGAUAUCAUUUGUAUUAUUGUACUGCUUAUAUGUCAUUUGUAUACUAGAUUAGUCUUUUAUGUAGUUGGGCUACCGGGCCCAUAUUGGCGGCCCGGCCCGUUAUUCCUCUAUUUAUACUCCUUUUGGAGCUUGUAAACCCCAGAUCUAAAUU